UUGUUUUAGAUGUAUUUAUAUAUAUUUUAAGGAAUGAAAAAAUGAACUGAUGGGGUUUUUAGAUACAUAACUUGUUUCAGGUGAAAAAACAGAAGAGCCAACAAUGAACUUACGAAAGCUGGCUACUCUAGCAAAGAAACAAGAUCAGCUUUUAAGAGUUUGCUUCUACUUACUGUUGAACCUGGCUGAAAACGUGAAAGUUGAGGACAAGAUGCGCAAACGCAACGUUGUAGGCUUGCUUGUGACAUCUCUGGAACGCAGUACACUGGAAUUGCUGGUCCUUGUUUCAUCAUUUCUCCUUAAACUCUCUGUCUACCGAGAAAACAAGGAUGAAAUGAAACUCGUCCUAGAGCAGCGUUUCUCUAGUGUCUCAGUGCUACUGCAGCAGUACCCCCUCCUCACCCUGGCCGCUAUCCUGAGUCACCAAGAUCAUCCCUGGUAG